AUGGCAUUUUUCGGGCUGGUCAAGAGGGUUACACGAAUAAGCCGAAGCAAUUCGAGGGUCAGAGUGUACCCAACGAGGUCCUUCCAAAGCAAACAUGGCGAAGAUGAUGAUAAGCUUCCUGUUCUGAUCGUCGGCGCUGGACCGGUGGGCCUCGUUUUGUCCAUCCUUCUCACCAAACUAGGGGUGGAAUGUGCUCUUGUGGACAAAGCCACAAGCUUCUCCAAACAUCCACAAGCACAUUUUAUCAACAACCGAUCUAUGGAGAUCUUUCGUAAAUUGCACGGAUUAGCUGAGGAGAUUGAAAGGUCACAGCCUCCUGUCGACUUGUGGAGAAAAUUUAUAUACUGUACAUCCCUCUCUGGUUCAACUCUUGGCACAGUGGACCACAUGCAGCCUCAAGAUUUUGAGAAAGUUGUCAGCCCGGCUUCGGUUGCCCACUUCUCGCAGUACAAAUUGACAAAUUUAAUGCUUAAGCGGUUGGAAGACCUCGGCUUUUCUGUUCAAAGUUCCAAAGAGCCAGAUGGGCUUGAGCUUGACUCUGUUGUGGCGAGGCAAAUUCUUAUGGGUCAUGAGUGUGUGGCGAUUGAUGCUAACAAGGAAACUGUUACCGCAACUGUUUCUUUUCUCAAAGGAGGCAAGUAUAUGAAAAGAAACAUUCAAUGUAGUAUUCUGAUUGGCGCUGAUGGUGCUGGGAGUGCUGUAAGAAGGCUCACAGAUAUUAAAAUGCAAGGGGAAAGGGAUCUACAAAAGCUUGUUAGUGUCCAUUUCAUGAGCAGAGAGCUCGGCGAGUAUCUGAUCAGUUGCAGACCAGGAAUGCUAUUUUUCAUUUUCAACACCGAAGGUAUAGGAGUUCUUGUUGCCCAUGAUCUUCUGCAAGGAGAAUUCGUUUUCCAGAUUCCAUUCUAUCCACCUCAGCAGAGUCUAUCCGAUUUCAGUCCCGAGAUGUGUAAGAUGCUGAUUUUCAAGUUGGUUGGAAAAGAGCUUUCAGACUUGAAUGUAGCAGAUAUUAAACCGUGGGUAAUGCAUGCUGAGGUCGCUGAGAAAUUCUUGUGCUAUGAGAACAGAGUGAUACUUGCUGGUGAUGCUGCUCACCGGUUCCCGCCUGCUGGAGGCUUUGGAAUGAACACUGGAAUUCAGGAUGCUCAUAAUCUUGCAUGGAAAAUAGCAGCUCUUGUUCAAGGUUCUGCAAAAUCUUCCAUUAUUAAUACCUAUGAAGCAGAACGUAGGCCGAUUGCCCUUUUCAAUACUUCACUCAGUGUUCAGAACUUCAGAGCAGCUAUGUCGAUUCCAUCAGCGCUAGGCCUUGACCCAACAGUUGCAAACUCAGUUCAUAGGUUUAUAAACCAAACAGUCGGUUCCAUCCUUCCAACUGGGCUGCAAAAGGCAAUCUUGGAUAAUGUCUUUGCGCUAGGUCGUGCGCAGCUUUCAGAAUCUCUAUUGAAUAAGAGCAAUCCACUGGGAUAUCAGAGACUCAACAGGCUAAAGAGCAUCUUCGAAGAAGGAAAAAGCCUUCAACUACAGUUUCCUGCAGAGGAUCUUGGUUUCAGGUACCUAGAGGGAGCAAUUGUUCCUGAUAACAAGUCCGAAGCUGAUGAUCCAGGAGUACUGAGCGGUCGUAGAAGAGACUAUGUUCCUUGUGCUGAACCAGGUUCAAGACUGCCUCACAUGUAUGUGAGAAUACUGUCAGAUUCCAAAAGAGAGGUUGUAUCAACACUGGAUCUUGUUUCAACAGAGAAAGUGGAGUUUCUACUGCUAAUAUCACCAUUAGAAGAAUCCUAUGAGCUAGCUCGUGCUACAUUCAAAGUGGCAAAAGAGUUUAUGGCUAAUGUAAAGGUGUGCAUUGUAUGGCCUAGUAGCCAUGAUGGUGUGGAAGGGGAGAGCAAAUCGGCAUUAGCUUCACUGGAAAGUUAUGUCGAUGUUAUGGAAGUUAAAAAACAAAGUGGCGAAGAAACUUCUUGGUGGAGUAUUUGUAAAAUGUCGGAGAGAGGAUCUAUUUUAGUCCGUCCCGACCAACACAUUGCUUGGCGUGUGAAGUCUGAUGUUCCUUUAAAUCCUACUCUGCACAUGAGAGAUGUCUUCUCCAUCAUACUUGGUAGACACUGA